AUGGAAUUGGUAAAGAAAGGAUUUUCAGUUUUAGUAUCGAUUCACAGCAAAUUAAUCCACAAAUAUUAUCAGCACUUGUACAGAAAGAGAAAAUUAAGAAUAUUCUUUAUGGGAAUAGGGUCAUUGUAUUUAUUGAGAAGAUUGUCAUAACUGGCAAUGGCAUUAGCCCCUUCAAUUAGAAGAAAUAUGACUGCCAGAUAUGGAGAAGAAUCUUGGGCUGUAGUAACAGGAGGAUCAGAUGGGAUUGGUAAAGAAUUUUGCAUUUAAUUGGCGAAAUAGAAAUUCAAUAUUGCCAUAAUAGGUAGGAAUGCCAAGAAAAUGGAUUAGGUUUGUUUAGAAUUAUAGGGUUUUGGAGUUCAGACUAAAUUUGUUGUAGCUGAUUUUAAUGAGGGACAUACAGUCGAAUUUUAUAAUAAGAUCUAUGAAUAGCUUGAGUAUUUGGAUAUUUCAAUUUUGGUAAAUAAUGUGGGGGCAGCAGAAGCAGGGUAAUUCGAACAAACAAAGAUGGAAGAUUCAUUGAUGAUGUUGAGAGUGAAUGCAUUAUCCACUCUAAUGAUGACCAGAAUUCUCAUUAGCAAAUUGUAAAAUAGAGAGAAGAAAUCAGCAGUGAUUACAGUCUCCUCUGGAUUAGCAUAUCUGCCUUGUCCAUUUGUUAGCGUUUAUAGUGGAACAAAGGCAUUCACCAAUUAUUUCACUUAAUCUUUAGCCUUAACAUCAAAGAAAAUAGACUUUUUGAGCGCAACUUCUUUGGGAGUGAGUACCAAAAUGUUAGGAAAUAGAAAAGGUCCUAAUAUUCUUGAGACUAAUGAAUUUGUGAAAAAUGUGAUAAAUGACUUGAGACAAGGAAAGACACACAGUUUUGGAUGUUAACGACACAAAAGGUUUAUCAAUCACCUAUUGUGGAGAAACUAAAACUUUAGAAAUUAAGCAAAAAUUUAAAUAGGGCAUAAUUUGAUGAAUUGUUGAAUGAAUGAGACGAUAUAUUAAAUAAUAAAUAACAAAAUAUAGUAGAUAAUUUAGUUUAA